AUGCAUGAUUGUUGUGUCAGAGAGAGGAGGGGCACGUCCCCCCACCCUCUCUCUUUUUUAUUUUCAUCCUUCGUGUCUGUCUGUGACUCUGCUCUUCCUCUCUCUCUUGUGCGUUUUUUCCUCUAUAAAUUAACAUCCUUUGUUCCCUUUGUCCCUCACUUCCUCUUCCCUAAACUCACCCUUUUCACACUGCUGCUCCUUCCACAAUCCAGACUCUGUUUCCUCCACCAAAGUCUCCCAACCCAAACCAACCUCCUUCAAAAGAUAUCUGAGUCCAAAUCACCUGUACUCUUGGUUGCUUCUUCUAACUUAAGGCUUUCACAUAGUUUGAGGGUCAGUGUAGGAAAAUUUGGAGAUUUGAUGGAGAGGUUGAACUCAAAGCUGUACCUGCAGAACUGUUACAUAAUGAAAGAGAAUGAGAGACUAAGGAAGAAAGCACAGCUUCUUAAUCAAGAGAACCAGGCUCUGUUGUCUGAGCUCAAACAGAAGCUCUCCAAGGGGAAUCAGAAAGCCAAUGCUCCAAACACAAUCCUUGACCUGAGUCUAAGCUCAAGUGCCAGUCAAAAUCCUUCUAGUUCUUCCAACUAA